AUGUUAUCAAAAGUGCAGUGGUCAUUGUGUGAACCUGUCUCAAAAAUUCAAGGAGAUACUCAAAACUAUAGCUCUAUGAUGGAAAAAGACUCGCAAACUGAAAAUGAUAAUAUCAGUUUGAAUAUUGUUUUAAACAUAGCUGAUGGAGACCCUCUUAGAUACAUACGGUAUGUAUUUUUGUUUUCAUCUUCUUUUUCAAUUUCACAAACAAGCUACAAAGAAAAUUGCAUUACUUAAAACAUAAAUUAUGGCAUUUAGGUUUAAGAAAUUAGAAUUUAAUAACUAAUAAAAACAAUUUAACUAUUAGAUUACGUUUGAGGGUUUUACAUUAUAUUCUUAUUUAUUCUUUUUCUCUUUAAAUAGUAAAUAGUUCUUUACAAAAAAGCCAUGUAAAUCUCUCUAAAACAUUCUACUCUUCAUUUUACUAAUUUCAAACUGAAUACCACAAUUGAUGUUCUAUAUAAUGUUACUUUGCUAUGUCACCCGUUAAUUAAACUGAGACAACUUGUUUUAACUAGUUGACGCGUAUUUGGCGUCUUCUUAAAUUAUUACCUUUGUUAUAAUCUAUAAUAAGAUAUAAUUGUUUUGUUAGGUAAAACUAUUGGUUUAAUUAUGCAUAUUACUAAUUACCUAAUGUAUUUUAGGUUUCAACUAUGUUGGUAAAAAAAUUUAAAAAAAUAAACUAAAAAGUCAAUCAUCUAUUUAAAUGUUAUUAAAUAUUUCAUUUUUUUUUUUUAAUUUAUAAUAAUAACAACCUUAAUACCUAUAUGCCUGGGUUUUUUAUAUUAUUGGGCUGACUCAUCAUGAUAUCUACCUACUGGUUAUUUGUUGAAUUAAAGUGAAAGAGUGAAAAAGAAAGUUGUACAUUAUUUGCUAUUUAAUGAUAGUUAUACUUACUUCGUAUUAAUCGUAUAUUAUAUUAUUAUUUAUUUUGUAUUCUACAUUAGUAGUAACCAGUAGGUAUAUGUAAGUAAUAAAUUAAUAAAAGUAAACUAAUUUUAUAAUUUAUUUAUUUACUUAUUUUAGGAUUUAUUCAGUCUCACAACUGAAUCUACAAUUAUCCUAUCCAUUGCUGAAAAAAAUUCAGUUUGGUCAAACUCUUACAACUUCAAUGAUGUCUUUUUAA